GAGGGAGCAGAGCAGAAGGAUGGUGUUUGGCCGGAACAAGCCGGCUCCGUCCACAGCGUCUCCGUCGUCGGCUGCGGCGGCCGCGUGCGGGGAGCUUCGAGCGGCGUACCACGAGUGCUUCAACCGGUGGUACGCGGAGAAGUUCGCCAAGGGGCAGUGGCACAAGGACGACUGCGCCGGCCAGUGGAGCAAGUACCGCGCCUGCCUCGAGGAACAUCUCGAAGACAAGCAUCUCAGGCAAAUCCUAUUGGAGUCGGAAACGUCCUCCUGUUAUGCGCAGCUUGAUCCUGAUUCUUCAUCAGGACAAGGUGCGGCCUCAUCAAAAUGACAGUGUAGGACUAACAACAUGGUCAAGUUCUUUGCUUGACCAGAACUUGGAGACCCUUGGUAGACUGAACCAAAAUGUAGUUGUGUUUGGACACAUGUUAUGUCCCCGGAUAAUGUUGAGUUCAGCACAUGAGAUUAAUUUGUUAAUUUUUCCAGGAUCGAAUAUGUACUUUUAUAUACUGGGUCGACCACUAGUUUGUAAAUAUCCACGGAUCCUGGACCUGAAAUUAGCAGAAUAGGAUCUACUUUAUCCUAUCGAGGGUCUGAAACAAUAUUUCAUGCCAUCAUGUCCUUUGGGCCAAAAACUUCA